GGGCGGGGCGGGGCCGGCGGCGUCUGACGUCCGCGCGUCGCCCGCCGCGGAGCAGCGCGGGAGCGGGUGGCUAAGCGGGUGCGAGGACCCAAAAUGACAAUCCAGUGGGUGGCAGUUGCAACCUUUCUGUAUACCGAAAUAGGACUCAUUUUACUCUUCUGUGUACCUUUCAUUCCUCCUCAGAGAUGGCAGAAGAUUUUGUCAUUUAAUUUAUGGGGUAAACUUGCAACACUUUGGAACAAAGCUUUCCUAACAAUUAUAGUCCUCUUGAUUGUUCUGUUUCUAGAUGCUGUCAGAGAAGUAAGGAAAUACUCCUAUGCGCAUUCCCUUGAAAAGGUCUCAAACGCCAAAACUAGCGCCUAUGAACAUACGCAGAUGAAACUUUUCAGAUCGCAAAGAAAUCUUUACAUUUCGGGAUUUUCAUUAUUUUUUUGGCUGGUGUUGAGACGUCUGGUUUCACUUAUUACUCAGCUGGCAAAAGAACUGACAAACAGAACAGUACUUAAAACUCAAGCAGAAAAUACUAAUAAAGCUGCCAGAAAGUUCAUGGAAGAGAAUGAAAAACUAAAGCGGAUCUUGAAAAACCCUAUCCCAGGUGAGGAACACAUUUUGGAAGCAGAAAAUAAAAAACUAGCAGAAGACCAGGAAAAACUGAAAACUGAAUUAAAGAAGACUUCAGAUGCUCUUUUUAAGGCACAGAAUGAUGUGAUGACAAUGAAGAUGCAAUCAGAGAGACUUUCAAAAGAGUAUGAUCGGCUCUUAAAAGAACACUCAGAACUUCAGAAUCGUUUACAGAAAGGCAGUAAGAAAGACCUGUGAACUUUAUGAAGAAGACUGUGAUACACCAUGUCAAGAUAAUAAUAUUUGUUAGAUGGCAUCCACAGAAAAUUUAAAAUUCAUUUUGGAGAAAUGUACUUUGGCCAAUAGUUUCUAUUUUUACUGCUACAUGUAAGGUGUAUAGUAAUAAUACUGUCAACAUAUUUGAUAGUGUUUCAGGUAUAUUAUAAAGUGUAUAUUCCAGCUCUUUAAAAACCUACAAGCAUGUUAAAUACCAUAUUUACAUUUGGUAAUAACAUUGGCAUAUGAUGGUUAUUUACAAAUAAAAGAAAAAAUUCACUAGCUAAUUACUUUCAGAAUUAGAUUUUUAAGUUGCAUGAAACCAUUAAUAGCCUUGAAAGCUUUGAUGCCUUUUCAUUAAUAUAAUUGAAUGAUGAAAAAAAAAAAAAAAGUUGAAAAUCAAAGAAAGGGGCUGGGGAUUUAGCUCAGCGGCAUAAGCACCUGCCUUGCAAGCAGGUGGUCGUGAGUUCGAUCCCCGGUACCGAUAAAGAAGAAAAAAAAAAAAAAACAAGUUGAAAAUAAUUGAAUAAUGAUGCUAAUGUAUUAGAAAAUAGGGCUCAAUAGCAGCAAAAUUGUUUACAGGAACAUUAGAUAAGGAUAAAUAAUAAGUAGCCACUGUGUUUAUAGAAACGACUUAGAGUAAUGAAAACCAUGACCUUUUUUUUUUUUUUUUUGACUGAUGGUACUAUGGUUUGCUAUAAGAAGACACUGUAUUGAUAAUUAUAUUUUUGUUACUAUUGGACUUUUUUAUUGACAUUUAUGUUAGUACCACAUACUUAGUGAGUAUUCUGCCUUUUCAGGUUUCUCCAGCAGUAGAAUUGACAUCUCUUUGCAUAACUGUCCCAGCACUGAACUGAGCUUAUUUUGCGUUGUGGAAUUCUUGACUUAAAAGUUAAUACAUAGGGGCUGGGAUUUAGCUCAGCGGCAUAAGUGCCUGCCUUGCAAGUGUGUGGUCGUGAGUUUGAUCCCUGGUACCAAUGAAAAAGAAAAAGACAAAAAAAAAAAGUUAAUACAUAAUAUAGUCAAAAACACAACGUUUUCUCUAGAUGUGAAAGUUAUAUAGAUAUUACCUCAAGCAUAUGCACACUGGUUUCUCUGAGAUGUUUCUGCAUUCUGAAUAUUAAAUAUUAUUUUUCCAUUCAGUACUCAUUUAGAGAUGAUUAUAAUAAUUUGAUUUUGUUUGUUUCAGUGUUUAAACAUGAAAAUCCACUUCCUUGUCUCAUAAAGCUCUAAAUAUAAAAAAAAGGAAAAAUAAUAACCAGAAUUUUUUCUUUUUACUGUUUGUUAAAUACUACUGGGAGGUGUUGUUUGGGGAUUUGUUUGUUUUGCAAUACUGGGGAUUAAACCCAAAGAGUGCUGAGCUAGCCCUUUUUAUUUUUUGUUUUGAACCAAGGUCUUACUAAGCUACCCGGGUUGGCCUCAGAGUUGCAGUCCACUCUAGUGUCCUGAGUAGCUGGGGCUAUGGAAAUGUGCACCAUGCCCUGCUUCAUCCUCUGAUCUGUAUUACAAUUUUAACUCCAGCUUAAUGUAUCUUUAAAGUUUUAUUGGACAGUGGAUGAAAUGAACAAAUACGUAAUUUUAUUUCAGAUAAAAGUCAAGAGUUACUGCUAGAAAACACACAUAGAGGAGACAUUUAACAAAAGUAAGAAACUGGAGACCAUAUGGGCUGACAGUACCAUAAAUAACCAGAAAAGGGAGUGCUGAAGGAGGAGAGAACUGCACAAACGACAGCUCAAGGCGUAGACUUAGAAAUACCGAAGCGAGAGCUCGAGGGGUAAACAUAAGGGUAGUGAGUAUUGGGGGCCUUGGCCUGCUCUGCAGAAAUCAAGUCUUUUGCCAGAACAACAUACAGAAAAGGAAAAACUGCAGUUUUAGAACUGGCAGAACCAAAAUCUAAUCCUACGUUCACCACUUAUUUAGCCAUCUGAUCUUUAAAGGAAGUUACUCAGAUUUUCCAGGGCUUCAUUUUCAAAUGUAUUAAUUAUUGUUACUCUCAUUAGUAUGUUUUGAAAGUCUGUUUUGUUUUUCUUUUCUUCUCUUUAAAAUAAUUUUUUAAAUGGGAAUAAUAAAGUUAGAAUAGUUAUUAUAAAAACUAAAUAACAGUGAUUCUCAAUGUUGUUCGGACCGUCUAGUUAGGAGAAAGUUGGGGUUCUCUUAGAAGAACAUGAAAAAGCUAAAGUUUACAUUUAGGGGAUCUUAACAGUAUUUACAGCUCUGUAACAGGAUAUCAAAAGUUUGAGCAAUUUUCUCCAGGUAAACUGGAGAGAAGUUAGAUUUCAGGGUCAGGAUUUGAGUCUAGAAUUCAGGUAUGCUGGAUUCCUAGAUAUUACUGUGGUCUUCGUUUACAGACGACCCUUAAUUUGCUAAGCCUAUAAUAUUGCCAGGCAAAGCUAGAGUUUGAACAGACAGUCUGGCUUCAAAGUCUGCACUUUUCCACUGUAAGCAUACUAAUUCACAAGCUGGUUGAUAUUCUUCCUAUUACUUGCCUGACCGGUGAUACUAUCAAACCAUGUUAAGUGAGAAAAUCUGUAUCCAGUGGAUAGACUUACACUAUGCAAUAAAUCAUUUUUUUCAUUGUCA